AAUUCAUGGAUGGAAAAUAGCCAACACAACACGUGGGUGUGGAGGAUAUGGAUGGAUUGCAAUUCUUGACUAGAGCCCGUCCCAUGAAUUUCAUUUUAUAGUUAAGUAUGGUAGCUAUCGAUGAAAAUUUUUUUGCAAAAUGAGCUUGAGUGAGUAUGAAAAGCAACGGCUGAGAAAUAUUGAAUGUAACAGAAAGAUUUUGGAGAGUCUAAAUAUUCCUGGACUCGAUGAUCUCGGUUGUCUUCCUUCAAGGAAACCACAUGCUACCAAAAAUGUUCAAGGUGUUAAAAGGAAAAGAAAGUCUUGUGAAAUGAAGCGGAGGAGCAACUCUGAUAAAACGCUGCAUGUCACAAAUGAAAAAAGGUUCCAUGGAUAUUUGACAAGGUCAAAAAAAUCUCGAUUGUCUGAUAUUGAGAAUGGUACUUUGGAUGAUGGAAAAGACCUCUAUGAAAUUGAUGAUGAUGACGAUGAUCCAGAUUAUCGCAAGCGAAGGCCGAAAUUUACUGAUAAAAUUUAUGGAAGCAUACCUGGAAUCUCAGUCGGAACUGUUUGGCAAAUGCGAAUUGAUUGUUCUCAUGAUGGUGUCCAUAGACCUACCGUAGGUGGAAUCCAUCGUGGUUACGAUGGUUGCUACUCUAUUGCUCUGUCUGGAGGAUAUGAAGACGAUUUGGAUUUUGGCGAGUGUUUCACUUUUACUGGGGAAGGAGGACGAGAUCUUAAAGGAACAAAAGCAAACCCAAAGAACUUAAGAACUGCUCCUCAAUCAAAAAACCAAACUUUAACCAGAGGUAACCUUGCUCUUACUAAGAAUAUUGAAAACGGAAAACCAGUACGAGUUAUUCGCGGUUAUAAACUAAAGAGUGAUUUUGCACCAGAAGAAGGGUAUCGUUAUGAUGGUUUAUACACCGUCGAGAAAUUUUGGGAAGCGACUGGUUUGAGUGGCUUUAUCGUUUACAAGUUUGCCUUGAAAAGAUGCCCUGGACAGGCUCCACCCCCCUGGUCUGAUGAGUUUAAGGGAUCCCUUUCGAUUAAAGAUGAUUCAGAAAUUGAUCAGUCUUCAUUGAAUGCUAGUCAACAAGGCGACGAAGAUCAAGUUUCUUCCAACAUUGCUCACAAACUUCCAUCGGAUCCUCUCGAACCUAAAACGGAGACACCUGCCGAGAACGCUGACGACACUUCUUACGAAAGGCAUAUCCCCACGCGAGUAGAUGAGAAACAAAUUAUCUCAGAGAUUGACGAAGCCACUAAACUAGGCGAGACAGCGUUUGUUGCAAUAGAAUCGACCAACUCUGCAGCAACAGUUGCCAAUGAGACAAAGAUUGUUAAACAAGAAUCGGAAAAUUCAGAUAAAACUGCUGUUGUUGUUGGGGAGACGCCAUUGGUUGGAAGAGAUGACCAACAACUCGAAUAGAAUUUUUACGCCUGCCAUGCACAUGGAUAAUGAAAGAUUGAGAAUAGAUGAUGAAGUUUAUGGAAAUUAGUUAAGUAAACUCAGUUUUUUGCCAUGAAAUAGUUUUAAAGUUUUGUUAAAAUCUAGAAGAUUUUCAUUUUUGUGAUUGCCGUACUUUAAUUAACAGACAAGUUUAUUUACUUAGCGCUAAAUUCAUGGAUUUCCAUGAUAUAAUUUUAGAGUUUGUUAAAAUCUAGUUGAAAUAGUUUUAAAGUUUUGUUAAAAUCUAGAAAAUUUACAUUUUUGUGAUUGCCGUACUUUAAUUAACAGACAAGUUUAUAUACUUAGGGCUACAUUCAUGGAUUUGCCAUGAUAUAAUUUUAGAGCUUGUUAAAAUCUAGUUGAAAUAGUUUUAAAGUUUUGUUAAAUGUGCUGUUAAAAUCUAGUUGAAAUAGCUCUAAAGUUUUGUUAAAAUCUUUAAUCUCAAAUUUUUGUAAGUGCCUCAGUUUUAUUAUUAGACAAAUGUACUAUUGUACUUACUUACAUAAUGUAAGGUGAACAAAUGCUUCUACAUAAACAUUGAUAUAUUUUUGUCAAAAAAAUUAGUUCCUUUCA